CGGCAGUAACAGCGGUGGCAGCGGUUAUGUGACGGAAGCCUAAAUGAGUCCUAUAUUGUUGGCGACGACACUUUGAACGAACGAAAUGGUGGCGAACUCCGCUAGCUUUAUUCAAAGUGGCUCACUUCAUGGAAAUGUUGUGGAGGUGCUUCCAAAGCAAUUGUAUUUUGCCUCAUUUGAAGUUCCACCGCAUAAAUCCGACCCACAUGUGAGAUAUAUCGACUUACACAAUAAGGUACACUACGAGCCAUUCUAUGGAGAUUUCGGUCCCCUAAAUCUUUCCGUGUUGUACAGAUUCACUCGUUAUCUCCACGGAUUGACAGAGUCGCAGAGAAAGCGAAAGAUUGUAGUUUACACUGAUAGUGAUGAACGGAAUCGUGUUAAUGGCGCUUACAUAAUGGCGUCCUACUUGAUCAUCUACCACGGAGUGACAGCUGAUGCCGCUUAUUUGCGCUUAGAAGCAGCUCAACCGCCGAAGUUUAUUGGUUUUCGAGAUGCAGCUCUUGGCGAACCCACGUAUCUGCUACAUCUUCAUGAUGUUCUCAGAGCCGUUGAAAAGGGUCUCCACCAUAAAUGGUUUGAUAUCAACACUUUCGAUGCGGAAGAGUAUGAGCUCUACGAGCGCGUUGAAAAUGGUGACAUGAACUGGAUCAUCCCUGGCAAAAUACUGAGUUUCUGUGGACCUCACAAUGAAUCUCGUAUAGAAGAUGGUUAUCCAUAUCACUCGCCAGAAACAUACUUCGAUUAUUUUCGAGCCACGAAUAUAACAACCAUUGUUCGAUUGAACAUGCGGAUGUACGAUGCCAAAAAGUUCACAGACGCUGGAUUCCAGCAUGUAGACCUAUUCUUCAUCGACGGAAGCACGCCAUCCGAAGACAUUGUUGAGAAGUUUAUUCGUGUCGUUGACAAUUCUAAAGGGGCAGUUGCAGUGCACUGCAAAGCUGGACUCGGCAGAACAGGGACAUUGAUAGCUUGCUGGAUGAUGAAGGAAUUUGGCUUGAAUGCUGCGGAAUGUAUGGCAUGGUUACGGAUAUGUCGACCUGGGAGUGUGAUAGGUCCACAGCAGGAAUAUUUGGUAUCAAUGCAGAAAUUUUGCUGGUCCAUGUCACAAAACAACGUUGUGCAGAAAGCGCGCCGAUGCAGCGGACAGGAAGCGGGAGCAGAAAAGAAGUCUUUUGGAAAGCUUGUCUCAAAGGUCGACGAGAUUCGACUCACACAUGUUGUACAAAAUGGAAUAGACGGGCAAAAUAUGUCACCUCGACCUCGUCCAAAUAUUCUUCCACUUCGGGGGAGAUCAAGAAAGCCACUAGAUACUAAUGGAAACGCAGCAACAUCCCCCCGUACUCCUUGCGAGACAACAUUGGAUUCACUUGGGCGUUCACAAGGCGACCGCUUGUUGGCAAUGAAGGUGCGCAGUCAGCAUGCCCCACAUGGUUCCCUCUCCUUUCACUCAUCUCAUGCACCAUCUACCCCUCGGGGGAACCUCUUUCCUGAUUCUCCCUCUUAUGCGAAUGGGCGUAUCUAUACAACAAAUAAACACACACAUCCACCAUCUCCUUUUCCCACGAGUUCACGGUCCUCAGCUGCUGCAGCAUAUGUCAGUUCUCCCCGUUUUUCUUCCCCAACUACGCCCAUCAAGCCUCUUUCGGUGUCGAGUCCUAUGUCAUCGCCAAGGACUCGCAUCGUUGGUCGAAGCCUUGCUUCUGGAACUGUAUCACCCGCUCCGCGACUGCCCAUGAGCGAUCGUCAUCGUAGUCGCACAUACACAGGAUUGUUCCAGUUCACCACCACACCAACGCUGACCCCAAUCAUACGUUCCGUCAAUUUGUCUGUUAUGGCAUUUUUUCUUCUAGUUUGCUUUUAUAUGAAUCCGCCUGCUAUUUCUCGAGUGGUAGUAGCGUCCGGCAAAGGCACGAUAAAAGGUGUAACUCCAUCAAAUAAAAGCUCUUCAUCACUGCGUAAGCUGACAGCUGGAGCUCGACUUCGGCCAUAUCCAACACAGGGUGCGCGCAUAGAAAUGCCGGCAACACCUGAUGCACCGACAAGCCGCUUUACACCUUCCACCCAAUACAGAGGCUCUCGUUGGUGCGAAAAGAAAAAAGCAACCAUCAUAAUUGUGCCACUCACGAAAAACAACGUACCAUCACUUAUACUGUGCCCAGGAAUUUAUUUCAAUCUUCCCAACUCAGAUAAUAUUUGCUCUUCUGUUCUUGUCAUGCUUACUCUGGAUCUCUGCAAGGCGGAUCAACUUAAAGCUAUCAAGUUCGAUUUUUUGCGAUUUUUUCGGAGUACUGUUUUCAAAAAGCAAUAUGUAAUAAGACCACAUUCUGAGUAG